AUGAGCCUGACCCUAUGCUCGCUACUUGCAAGAGAGGUUCACACCGAGAACAACAAGGAUGGCCGCAGUACCAUUAUAACAGGAGUAGGACGAUAUUAUCCGCAUGUUCUGGACCUCACGAUGUGCAAUGUUCCUACUCAUUUGAACAUAUGCUGUUCUCAUAUAUCCAUGAUAUAUGGAAUCAGGCCGCCUGGUAUUGCAUUAUUCCACUACCGACUCAAGAAAAAGAGACGGAUGAAGGCUUCAAGCCAAAGUAACUCAGGAUGUGUUUACGCUUUCAUCCAGCCGAGACAACGAUUAAUGUUUGGGGCCUCUGACUUUAUGGAGUUUGUGUCUUGGUUGACCCAAGUGAUCUAG